CGCCGCUGUCCGGUCCUUCCUUUCCGGAUCUUCCCGAACGCGCCGUGCUCUGGGCCAUCCUCACCGCUCGCUCUUGACCGCUCGGCUAACUCCUAUUCAUCCUUCAAACCCCGUCUCUGGUAGUUGGUGCUCGAAGGACAGCAAGAAACUGUGUCUUCCAUGGCUUCAUUGGUGGCUUACGAUGACUCGGACUCAGAGGCUGAGAGUGAGCCCGUGGGAAGCGUCCUUGCUGCCCGCCAGGUGGAAGGCACUUGUGGUGGGGUCCCGCCGCGUGGCCAGGGUUUCGCACUGGGAGUCCCGGACGAGAUGGAAGCGCGCGUACUGCCCACGAAGCUUGGUUCUUGUGAAGAUCCAGCUGGCCAGCGUCUCCCACUGGCUCGGCUCUGGAGAGGUGACCCAAGCUCUUGCCCCAGCCGGAGGCUACAGUGGCCCAGGACAGAGCCCGAAGUCACCUUCCCCACCAGCGAGCCCCCUUGUGCUUCCCUGUGGCUCAGCCACACUCCCGCCGUCCACGUGCCCCUGGCAGCAGCCCGCUGUAAGCAGGUGAAACUCUCCUGGGGAACUUAUGAUCCUGCUGAGCCAUCUGUCUGUGUCCAAACCCAACCUGGGACCCCAGGCACAAAUGGCAGCUCCCUUCAGAAGAAAAGGCGUGAGGACUGUGUUGUGCCCUACACCCCGAAAAGGCUGAGGCAGCUGCAAGCAUCGAGCGCAGAAGCAGGCAAGGGCCACGCUGCGGAGACACAGGGCCCCUCCAUAGGGCGUACCCCGGCGCCCCUCUGUGUGGAGCCCAGGGUGUCUGAGUUUAUUCAGCCAUAUUUGGACACUCAGUAUAAAGAAACCAAGAUUUCCAGGAAGGUGCUCUUUUACCUGGGAGGCCACCGGGGCCCUGUCAACAGCAUUCAGUGGUGCCCAGUCUUUUCGAAGAGCCACCUGUUUCUCUCAGCUUCUAUGGAUAAAACCUUCAAGGUGUGGAACGCCGUGGACUCGGGGAGCUGCCUGCAGACCUACUCGCUGCACAGCGAGGCCGUGCGGGCCGCCCGGUGGUCUCCCUGCGGCCAGCGCAUCCUCAGCGGCGGCUUCGACUACGCUGUGUACCUCACCGACCUUGAAACAGGAACCCAGAUAUUCAGUGGUCAAAGUAACUUUAGAGUCACUACCUUGAAAUUUCAUCCUAAAGACCACAGCCUUUUUGUGUGUGGAGGCUUCAGCCCUGAAGUCAAAGCCUGGGACAUCAGGACUGGCAAGGUGGUGAGAAGCUACAAGGCGACCAUCCAGCAGACCUUGGACAUCCUCUUCCUCCAGGAUGGCUCCGAGUUUCUGAGCAGCACAGAUGCUUCAAGCAGGGACUCUGCUGACCGUACCAUUAUCGCCUGGGAUUUCCGGAGCUCCGCCAAAAUCUCCAACCAGAUUUUCCAUGAGAGGUACACCUGCCCCAGCCUUGCCUUGCACCCGCGGGAGCCUGUGUUCCUGGCACAGACCAACGGCAACUACCUGGCCCUCUUCUCUGCCGUGUGGCCCUACCGGAUGAGCAGAAGGCGGCGCUAUGAAGGGCACAAGGUAGAAGGCUACUCGGUGGGCUGCGAGUGCUCCCCAGACGGAGACCUGCUGGUGACAGGCAGCGCCGACGGCCGGGUCCUGCUCUACUGCUUCCGCACAGCCAGCCGGGCGCGCACACUGCACGGGCACACGCAGGCCUGCGUGGGCGCCACCUUCCACCCCGUGCUGCCCUCCGUCCUCGCCACCUGCUCCUGGGAGGGCGACGUGAAGAUCUGGCAUUGAGCUUCCUGCGCGGAACCUUCCGGACGUUGGCUGCCCGGCCCCCUUCCCUGGGGGCGGGUGAGACUAGGUGCCAAGGUUGGCUUCCGGUCAGAGCCGGUUGGAAGCAGCUCC